CGAGCCCACUGAAGCACUCUGACACGGUGUGUGUGUCCCUUUAAUCUGCAGCAGGAUGCUGAUUGGCUGCUGGAGUAUGAUGUCAUCUGCAGGACUAUGAGGAGGGGGAGGCAGAGCUCAGGGUGGAGCAGCCGGUUGAUGUCUGCAGUGUGUCCUGUCCGUCCUCCGGAUUCGGGGGAGAUGAGCUGUGACAGAGACGUCCCCUGCCUAUAUCGAGUCAUUGAGCCGCCAUCCAAAGUGCCGCCCCGGCGCGAUUAUCUGGUGGACGCAGCCAAACAGCUUAACGUGGCUCAGGAGCGCGACGCCAAUGAGGAGUACGAGGCCGCGUUCAACCACUACAAGCAUGGCGUGGAGCUCCUACUGAGCGGGGUGACAGUGGACCCGAGUCGGGAGCGCCGAGAUGCCGUGAAGAGGAAGAUCUCCCAAUACUUGAAGCGAGCCGAGGAGAUUUUCAACUGCCACCUGCAGAGGCCUCUGGGAAGUGUGGGAGGAGCAGCCGAGGUCAGUCAGGUGAUGUAG